AUGAUUCUAGCUAAUUCAUCAAUUGUUCCAGAAUCUCUAAUCACUAACAUCAAUAUUUCAGAGAAGAAAUUUGCACAAGAAAAUCACAAUACUGAGAGGGAUUUCCAGCUAGAUCUUCAAUUAAGUGAGGCUGCUCUCAGUCAUAAGGCAUUUAUGAUGAACCAUAAAGUUCAGCGUCAUAAAUUAAAGGAAAUGGAAAAAAAUGAACCAUUAUUGAAUGAAGACAAGAACAGGUUAAUUAUGCAUCCAAUUAGAUAUCCUGACAUAUAUGAAGCAUACAAAAAGGCAGAAGCAUCCUUUUGGACAGCAGAAGAGAUUGAUUUAUCCAAAGAUCUCUCCGACUGGAAUGAUAAAUUGAAUUCUAAUGAAAGAUUUUUUAUUUCUCGAGUUCUUGCAUUUUUUGCAGCAUCAGAUGGUAUCGUAAAUGAAAACCUAACAGAAAACUUCUCUGUUGAAGUUAAGGUUCCUGAAGCAAGAUGCUUUUAUGGAUUUCAAAUAAUGAUUGAAAAUAUUCACUCUGAAACAUAUUCAUUACUAAUUGAUACAUAUAUUAAAGAUCCUAAAGAAAGUGAUUUUUUAUUUAAUGCAAUUGACUACAUUCCUCAAAUAAAGGAAAAGGCGGAAUGGGCAUUGAGAUGGAUUAAUAAUGACGAAGCAUUGUUUGGUGAACGUUUAGUCGCCUUUGCUUCAAUUGAAGGUGUCUUCUUUUCGGGUUCAUUUGCCUCAAUCUUUUGGUUGAAGAAGAGAGGUUUAAUGCCAGGUCUAACUUUUUCUAACGAGUUGAUUUGUAGGGAUGAAGGAUUACAUACUGACUUUGCUAGUUUAUUGUUCUCACAUUUAGAUAAUAAACCAGACCCUGCUAUCGUCGAAAAAAUUGUCACUGAAGCUGUUGAAAUUGAAAAAAGAUAUUUUAUUGAUGCCUUGCCUGUAGCAUUACUAGGUAUGAAUGCGAAAUUAAUGAAUCAAUAUGUUGAGUUUGUUGCCGAUAGAUUGCUUGUAUCAUUUGGUAAUGAAAAAUAUUAUAAAGUAGAGAACCCAUUUGAUUUUAUGGAAAAUAUAUCCUUAGCUGGUAAAACAAACUUUUUUGAAAAAAGAGUUUCAGAUUAUCAAAAAGCUAGUGUCAUAGCUAAGUCCAGUGAGAAUAAAGUUGAUGAUGAAACAUUUGCUGUCAAUGAAGAAUUUUGA